AUGGAGCGAUGGGCGGUGUUGAACGCGGAGGUGGAGAGGGCACUGGACCCGAGGGCGGAGGGAGGGAAGAUACCAGAGGGGGUGGACGUGGGGGAGAUGAUGGAGGAGUGGCUGACGAGGACGGAUCCAACAGAAAAGAGCACGGCGCAGGUCAUUCUGAGCCGAAUGCAUGUGCAAGGGUGCGUGCUGGCGAGGACGGCCCACCUGGUGCUCGAGGUGGACGAGAGGAGGAUGCAGGACGUGGUGCCGGGCUGCAAGGAGCUCGAGAUCUCGGAGGAGCCGGUGGACUCGAUGGGGUGGCGGGAGCUGAGCGGCGCGCUGGACAACGUGCAGCUCAACUGGACCCGGGUGUCGUGCCUGCCUGGGGCAAGGGAUCUGUGCUGGAAGCUUCUCGCCCGCUUCGGCUUCUUCGCCGCCUAUGGCUUCUACGAGAGCGAUGUCAUCGGGGUAGACGUCGUGCACGAUCGAGAGGUCCUUCAGCAUGAGGGGAAGGAGGGUCACAGGCUUUCCGAUCUCGCGAAGGUCCAGGCCUUGGAUGCUUUCUUCUGUCUCUUCCGGUACCUCUGGCUCCUCGCACGGGAGACACCCGUGCCCGCUUCCGUCCCAGAAUCGGACGGCCUGAACCUUCAAAGGUUCCACUUCGAGGCGGCGACCGACACGUACCACGGGGCGACGAUGCACGACGAUGUCCACUGCGGUGCGAUCCUGCAGUACAUGCACCGCUUCUCCGGGCUGUAUCACUCCGUGAGCCAGGCCGUGUACUUCCACAAGCCGACAUACCAGAGGAGGCGUGCGCCCAUGGCCCUGGCGGACUACGAGGAGGAGGGUCGCACUGCCUUGGACUGGAUUCCUGUGUUGCAGCAGCUGUACCCUGAACUGCCUCUCUAUCAUGAGGCUGUGGACUUUCGCCGGAUCUUGCAAGAGAAGUGGUGCUGGCUCCACGCCCCGGGGAGGGUCUGGCUCAUUCAAGGGAAUGGAGACUCGGGUGGAUAUAAGCGGUUCUGGUGGUGUGGCUGCCAGGGAAUGAGUGGAAGGGCGAAGGAAGUGUGUGUGCCGCUUAUCUCCGCGGAGUUCGAUGGAGCGGGCGAUCUUCAGGAGGAGGUCAGGAGCAUCCGCGAGAGCGUCAAUGAGCUGAAGAAGGUGGGAGUGAUGGUGCUUGGUGAUUCGUCGGAUGACGAGGUAGUAGAAAAAUAUAAAAAAAAGACUGUACCCGUUCCAUCACCGCAGAUUGAUCCUGAUGAGGAUGAAAGGAGAAUGGAAGUUGAUGCAUUGCGUGAAAAAAAAAGAAAGGACAGAGAAGCUGAACGUCUGAGAGAGGACAACCCUCCGGAUCUGAAAGCGUUCAUGGCUAAGUACGAGGAGGAAAGAAAAAAACAAAAGAGGAAGGAUAAACUUUUGAAGGAACAACUAGAUGACAUUUCAGGCAAAUUGAAGAAUUUUGUCAGCUAUGAUUAUGUGGCGCAGAACAAGGACGAUAUGCACGAACUAGUUACGAAACAAAUCAAGCAAUAUGUGGACGAUUUACAUAAAUCAAUCGAUGAUAAGUACACCUCGCUGCGACCUUACACGGAGUCGAAGACGGAUACAAAGUCACAGAUCAACAUCGAUGAUGCAGCCCUGGAGGAGAAGAUUUUGAAGUUGCUGGAGGAUGUGAUUGAGAAGAGAAUCGAGACCCAGGUUAUGGCGAUCCAGCAGAAUAAGUCGAAGAUGGAGUUGACGGAGAAGAGAAUGAAAGGCAUUGAGGAUGCUAUGGAAGCAAUCAAGCAGAAUCAGAUGCGGUAUGACGGCGAGGAUAAAUCUUACAAAUUACGCAUGGAUAGAUUCGAGCAUCAGAUCAAGGAUGUGCGAGAUAAUUUACUUGAUAAGCUGAACUCGAUAUUCGGCGCUGAACACAACGUAGAAGAUUUGUUGGAUAGAUACAAAGAAAUACGUGACGAUAUUACCCGUCGGAUUGAAGAGAUUGAAUCGAAGAACCAGAUGGUCUUGCAAGACGUUGAUACUGUGAGGCAGGCUACCAAGCAAUGUGCAGAUCACAUCGAUGUUUUCACUAACACGUAUGAGGAAAUCAGGGAGUCUGUGAAUGGCAUGGAGUCCAGGGUCACCGAUGUUCAACGCCGUGUGCUUGAGAGUGGCCAACUCGUCAGUAAUUUUCAACGCGAGGUCAGGACUGAAAUGACUGGUAUGAAACAGGGGUUGGAUCAACACAGGAGUAGUUUGGAACUUGAACUGGGAAAGAUUCGUGAAAAUAUCACAAGUUUUGAUAAUGUCAUUUUGAAGCAUAAUUCUUCGAUGGAAGGCCUUGAACGAGAGCUUAAAGGCUUAGGGGAUAAGGUCAAGGAGCUUCAGUCGCAACAUAUGAAGGUGGAAAGAGGAUCCAUGGAUGCAGCCAGAAUAUUGUCAGAGAUCGUUGGUCUUCAAAACAAGCUGGAAGUCUACAUCGAUGAGAAGGUACAAGAUGUUGAAGCUAGACAUGCGGUUGAUAGGAGCAAAUUGGAUGGUUUGCAGGCUGAAUAUGUUGAGCUUUACAAGAACAUACAGGAUGUGAGUCGAGAGUGUAAGAAGGACUACAGAUCAACGAUUCAACAAAAUGACAACAACAAUUCGGCGUUGAGAACUGAGCUUGAUAAUAAGUACACGAAACUUGCAUUCCAGGUCAAGGAAUUAGCAGACCAAUUGAAGAGGAACAUAUCUCAAAAUGCAGGAAAGGGUAGUUCUACCGGCGCAACCCCGGGUGUACGUUCCACGGAUACCAGCUCGAUCCAACGUGAUAUGAGGGGGUUGCAGGCAAGGGUAGACGCUUUUGAUGGAGAGCUGAAGACGAUCCAAGGUACACACAGGAAGGAUCUCGAGAGGGUGAAACAAGACCUGAUGACGGAGAUGGACCUGCGUGGGAAGGAGCAGAGUGGUGAGCUGCAGGCGUUUUGCCAUGACAUCAUCGAGGAUGCCUUUGAAAAGGUUUACAACCCUCGUCUUGAUAAUGCAGUGCGAAGGGUUGACUUGAAGGUUGACGAGCUAAAAUCAAACCUUCUUGGUGUUGUUGCAAAUGUUGAAGAGCUUCAUGAUGAGGUGAGGCAGCGGGGUCGUGCGCCCACCCCACCAAGAGCGGGUGAUGAUUCCGGGGAGAUCGAAGAAGAUAUCCAGUACGAUGGAAACAACGCUUCGAAACAUAUACAGGAUGAGAUGGAGAGACUGCAGAAGAAGAUCGGUGAACAUACCAAAAAAAUACGUGAGAUUACAUACAAUGCGCAGAAGUCAGAGCUGGAAUGGGACGAGAAAUUUGUGUCCUUGCAAAGGGAUACCAUCGGUCUCUCCACAACUAUGAAAAAUAUGGACUUGGAGAUGGAUAGGUGGGGAGACUUUAGACGUAAACAAACUGAUCUGAACCAGGAGGUGAAUUCCUGGAAGGUCACCAUGGAUGAAUCAAUGCAGUUCUUCAAGAAUGAACUGGUCAGGAUUGAAAAGGGUGUGAAUGAUGUGUGGGAUUCAAUGCCAGAUAGUUACGAACCACAUGACAAGGGUCAGUCGUUUGAUGUGUCUGGUAUUCGACAGGAAUUUGAAGAUUUGAAGAACAUCGUGGAGAAAUCUGAGAAUAGAACACAUUGGUACCAGCAAAAAAUACAGGACGUGAUGGUGUUUGUUGAUAAAUUUGCAGAGUUGGAGAAAUAUGUAAAGGUUUAUUUGGAAAGAACGCGACAAUCGAUGGAUGUAUUCAAAGGGGAUACAGCGACGUCCAUCGAACAACUCCAAAAGGAAAUUGAGGCGGUCAAGGAACAACGCAUCCCUAGCCCAAUCAGCCGCGACUCCAACAAGAGUGGCCAGCGUUCGGACGUGACGGGUGCCUGGGAUGACUUGGAGAAGGGGAAGAUGGAAGAGCUGGUUAUUCGUGUGGAGAAUAUUGAGCAGAGGACACGUGAUAUUACGGCAGAUGUGUCUAAUGUGCAAUCGUCGCUUGCAGAAUGCCUGGAUCUGAUUGGUGAGUUUACAACUGAAGUUGAAUCAUUGAAGCAUGGCGCCAAGAUGUUCGAUGAAAGACAACAUGGGCUUGCAAAAUACCAGAGUGAUCAAGAUACUAAAUUACAGACUUCAAUAGAGACAAUGAAGAAUGAAUCGGAUAGUUUGAAAAUCCGUGUGGAUGGUCUUGAACAGGAAAUCGAUAGUGUCAAACAACAACAUACCGCUAUUACAAAUAACCAGCCCGAUUUGGAUGCAUUGCUGCAAGAGGCGAGAACGGAGGCUGAGAGGGUGUGUCAUAAGAAGACAGUCGGUAUGGAGGCCCGUAUGGACUCCCUCCAAAAGGAUGUGGUGGCUGUGUCUGAAUUGGCCGAAUCGCAUCACGAUUUUGUUGAAAGGGCACUGCGGCAGACGAAAGAGCUCGAAGCAUCGUUGGAUGAUGUCAAGGAAGUGGAUGCAAGGCAGGAUGAAGCCAUCAAGGCAUUGGAGGAGAGACAGGGUGAACUAGAUUUGAAGGUGGAUGCCAUUUCUAAGCGCCCUCCUCCCGCACCCGUUGUUACGGAUGAUUCUGCGUUGAAUUCCUUUAAAGAUAAAAUCACGAAAGAAGUCGAUAACUUGGGCACUCGGAUCAACAAUGUUCAACACAUUGCAAAGAGUGCUUUGGAUAUGGUUCAAGAUAAGAAUACGAAACUGGAAACGUUAGAGGAAGAGGUGAUAGACUUGGCAGGGAAGGUCACCGCGCUGCAGGCACGCCCUUCUACGGUCUCCCCGCCACGCUCCGAUAGCAGCGAGAAGGGCCAUGCUGUAGCGGAGGAGUACAACGAAGCCCUGGCCCCCCGCCUCCGUGCUCUGCAGGCCGACCUCGAAAAGGCAUCCAAGAUCUUCUGGCAGUACGAGCACGGAUUCAUCCGUUAG